AUGGCCACACACAAGGGUAAAGGCUCUGGCCGCCCGGUUUACACUAUAAACACAUCUCCGGAGAAGGAGGCGGCGAAGAAGAAAGGGGAAUCUUUCCAAUCGAAUAUUCUCGUGGGGAAAUUUAUAGAGGACAAGGUGAAGGAGUGGCCGGCAAUGUGGGGAGAAGGGGAAGGAGACGGAGGGGGAGGUGCCGAUGACAAGGGAAUGAUAGAUGCCUCUUCCUUCCUCCUUGCCUUUUUGCUCGUUUUCGCUUUAGUUUUAUAUGAUUUUUCUUAG